CCGCCAUCACUGUCAAAAUGUUAGUGAAUCUGGAAAGAUAAAAAUAUAUUUUGAGCCGCUUGGACUGCAAUCAAACAAAAUAUAAACAAAUACCGGUUCGAUUGCCAAAGGGAAGUAACUAGAAUAAAUAGGCCUAGAUUUCUUUCUAGAUCAAGUUCCUCAGUUCCUCAGAAGGAAACGACGAACUUGAUGGAAAAACUACCAAACGACAAAAAUUAUGUUGACAAGGUGCAGCUUUGGGUUGCAAAGAAGAAAGAUGCUUACCAUAAAGCAAUGGUGCAUACUUGCCUUUGUUGUGCGCUUGGCAAUGAUUGCAUAUGGUCAGUGGCAAGAUGCUAACAUGGCAGUGAAGUAUACCGAUGUGGACUAUUACGUCUUCACUGAUGCAGCAGAGUAUGUCACAAAGGGAGAGUCUCCAUACUUGAGGUCGACAUACCGCUACCCUCCCAUCCUGGCUUGGAUCCUCACACUCAACAUCUGGCUGUCUCCUGUGGCAGGAAAAAUCAUCUUUGUUGCCUUUGACAUUCUGGUUGGGUCCCUCAUCUAUAAAAUUGUACGCAAAUCAGGCUGCCAGGAGAACAUGGCCAAAAACUGUGCCCUGGCGUGGUUGUUGAAUCUGCUCCCGGCAACAGUGUCAAGCCGAGGCAAUGCGGAGUCUGUCAUGGCGUUCCUAGUGCUGCAAUCUCUGGACUACCUCAUCAAUGGGAGGACUGUACUGGCUGCAAUCUUUUAUUCCUUAUCCGUCCACUUCAAAAUCUACCCUGUCACCUUUGCUUUACCCAUCUAUUUGUAUUUGGGGAAAAGUCAUUCGUCUAUGAAAAAGGAUGAAGAUCCUAAAACUCCAGUGCCAUUCUCCCGAAAAAAUCUCCGCGCCAUCUUACUGCCAUCCCCUGAGUGCAGAUUGUUCAUCGGUGUGGCCUCACUUGUUCUUGGGGCUUUGACUGGAAUCUGCUUCUUUCUCUAUGGCAGGGUGUUUUUGUACGAGACCUACUUUUAUCACAUUGUACGAGGUGAUAUAAAGCACAACUUCUCCCCAUACUUCUAUCUCCUCUACCUGCUCUCGGAUCCAUCUGCUGGCCUGCCACUGUGUCUGAGACUCUUGCUGUUUGUACCACAGGUUCUGCUCCUAUUUGCUAUAUCCUGGAGGUUCCAGCACGACCCGCCCAUAAGCUGGUUCCUGUGUACAUUCUGCUUUGUCAUGGCCAACAAAGUCUGCACGUCUCAGUAUUUCCUAUGGUACCUGAGUCUACUGCCUGUGAUUAUCCCAAGUCUGAAAAUAAAUGCUCUGAGGGUUGCCCUGCUUGUUGUCCUGUGGUUCCUUGCUCAGGGUCUGUGGCUUCUCUCAGCGUACUAUUUGGAGUUCAUGGGUCACAACACAUACAUAUGGAUCUGGGCUGCAAGCCUCCUGUUCUUUGCAGCUAAUGGACUGAUCGCAUCCAACGUCAUUGACAGCUACCAGCCAGUGUGAUGUUCUUUGUUCUUCUGAGCAGUUCCCAUGAACUGAUAUGACCGAGGAGCAAGAGGCUCAGAGCAACAGGGCUGACAGAACUUUUGUCUCCUAUUUUUAACAUAGGCUACUUGUUCAAAACAUAGAGAGCUGUGUCUCUUUUUUUACCUUAAGUCUAUCAACUGCCUCCUUUGUUCUAUAGUUGGAAAUGCCACUUUCCUUGUGGGAGUACAAAGACGAUGAUGAUUUCAGUGGGUGUUUGUUGAUAAUGAUAAAGUGAUUGUCUUUUUAUCAUUCUGACAUAAGGAGGGUUGAGGACUAGUCUUCGCAUUUAUUCUUUUAACUCAAAGAAACAUUUCUAUUGUAUAAUUUGAGGGAAUAGAAAUUUAGGAGGUAUGUUUGUAAAGUUGUUGUUUUUUUUAUAUUGUUUUUUCUUUUCCACCUUCUUGUUCAUUCUUACAAGAGCGAAAACUAUCCUGAGCUUUCAUUUUUAACAAGAAGAGUAAUCAAAACGAAUUGAAUUGCAUGACAAAAUUCCUGUUUUAUCUCCCUUGCACUUAAUUUUUUAACAAAAUUCCUGUUUUAUCUCCCUUGCACUUAAUUUUUUAAGGAAAAGCCGGCCAGCUACCAAGGUACCUUCUGUUCGCCCUGCCAGCUCGAUCUGUCAUUAUGAUGGUGUGUGGAUGGUUUGCGGGUGCUCUGUAUGGUUUGCUCCUUUUUUCCUAUCAAACAUAUAUCAUCCUUCUCUCUCCUCCUUUUUUUAUGUUUGUUACUCUCUUGUAACACCUCUAGUCUUUGACACUUAUAUGACCUUAAUGUGUUGCAAAUGCUGUAGAACUGCUAAAACUAAAACUGUGAUGUUGACCUGAUUGUCUUGUCACUGCAUCAUACAUUCCCAUGACUUGAAGACUGAAUCUACAAGUGCAUUCCAAAGAAAGAAAAUGUGUGGGGUAGAUCAAGUUUAGUUUCUGUUCUACUUUGAUAAUGUUUUGCUCUUUAAAGUAAAAAAUGAUACACAAUAGUUUCCACCUACGGUCUCGGUGCGCGGGAGCAAGAAAAAUGUGGGUCUUAAGUGAACAGGAUCUUAGCCAAAUCAUCAGGGGAAAAAAUUCAAUCUGACUCAUGAUCAAGCCUACAACAGGUAAAAUUAUCUUCCUUUUCAUGUAGGCCUACUUAGAAAUGAAGUGACUUGACUCCCUGGGUGAGCUUACAACUUAUGGUGAGCGUUAUGUAGUUAACCUUGGUGACCAAUCACAAUGGGAAAAUUGAGACAUUGUAUAGGUUUAAAGCCCCUUUCAACACUGUAAAGUUAUUAGUUAUUUCAUCGGCCAACUAAUAGAUUGUAUUAAGCCCAAA